GCAGAAAAAACGUGAACUCCAGAAGAAGAAGAAAAAUGAGCUGCAAUGGCUGCAGAGUAUUACGAAAAAGAUGCAGUGAUAAUUGUACCUUAAGGUCUUGUUUGGAUGGAAUUGAUGAUCCUCAAGCACAGGGUAACGCUACUCUCUUCGUCUCCAAGUUUUUUGGCCGUAGCGAUCUCAUGUCCUUAAUCGCCGCUGUUCCCCAAAAUCGAAGACCUGAUUUGUUUAAAUCGCUGUUGUUUGAAGCGUGUGGGAGGACGAUGAAUCCGGUGACUGGUGCGGUAGGGCUUUUAUCGACGGGGAACUGGCACGUGUGUCAAAAGGCGGUGCAGACGGUUCUCGCUGGUGGAAAUCUACGGCCGGUUUUCGCCGGGAUUUUAACUCCGCCUUGGUUCGAUGAUUCCUUCCGUUUCGGCGGCGCGUGGGAUAUGCCAAACCAGUUCUCUAACAAAUCCGAAUCUAUGUUCAUAGACGGAUCGGAUCAAAUCGAGGGAAUGGAGUGGAUAAGUUCGGAGAAGAGAUGGAAUACGUCGUCGUCUUUUGGUUCGGAGACUGAGUUAUCGGAUAUAUCGCUGGGUUUGGAUAGUGGAUAUGGAUAUGCAGAGGGUGUGAAAGGGGAAGAACCGAAACUUCUGAAUCUCUUCGUUUGAAUUUUGUUGUUUAACUACAAAAUUUAUAUGACGUUGCCAUCGCAACUGAGUAAGAAAGUAGAAAUAAAUACUUAAUAUUACUGUAGUAGUUUUCGAGUUGA